AUGCUGACUGCAUGCUUAGCUGCAGGCAGCAGAAGAGGCCAGCAAAAGGCCGGAAGCUGUGCCAACUUUGGGGAUAAGGGACAAGAAAUGGGACAUUUGGAGUAUAGGCAGCCGGAUUUCAGGCUAACUCUACAAAAUAGUGAUGAUGAAGAGCACGAGAUGUGCGGCUGUAAAGAGCGGGAUGAGGGAUUUGAGAAAAGGAGAGCAUGA